CCUCACUUCCACUCGUUUUCUUGCUUCAUUCUAGUUCAUUUCUCGCUAUAGUAUACUUUAAUAUACACUUACCUGUAUUGUGUCUAUAUAUAUAUAUAUAAAGAGAGCAAGAGAAACAGAAGAGAGAGAUAAAUUGUCUGAUGUGAUUCUAAUCUGUGUUUAAUCAAAUGGGUUUUGUACAAAUUCUGUGCAGACGUAGAAUUAAUCUUUCAGGCCCGUUUAUAUGCCAUUAUGUUAUGCAUCUUUCUUUGGUUGCUAAAUCAUGGCUUAAGAUUUGGAAAGAAUGUUUGGCCUCAGUUCAAGAUUGUAUAAUAUAUCCCUUUCUCAAAAAAUUAAUUUGCCCAAAUAUUUCCCAUGACUUGGGUGAUUUACUUGAAUUUCUUUACAAUGUGUAUCUAUUUCGAUUUUUCCAAUGAUAUUGAUGUUGUCCCUAUCAUCCAUCUAUUUGUAGACAAUCCAUGGCUGCAUCAAAGAAAUGGUGAUCUAAAAUUUGUAAAGUCAAUUUGGCAAUUUGUUUGAUUCGUUUUUAUUUAUUAUAUUCAAAUAGUUCUCCUUUUUCUAGAUAAAAGAUUUUAUUUUAGUUGUCUAAUGCAAGAGGACUAGGGAAAGCGUACAAAUCUUAAUUGUGUAAACUAGAAAAAGAAAAACUUGUUAGAAAUUUCCUAGAUAACCAAUGUAAAAUCACUAAAAGAGUGGAUUUGUUCUUUAACAAUCUCAAUUUGUAACUGAUGAAUGCAGUGAAAUAAAGCGUUUUUGAAGUAAGAUACAAACUUAUUCAGUUUUGCAGGAUUUGAUGAUUUUUUGUGGGUUAAGCGAUAAUUUUUUCUUGUUAUGUUUUACACAGAGUUGAUUGUUCAAUUUAUUAUUAUUUUUUCCCCUUUUUUUGUUCGUUCGUUGUACAGAAAUAACGAUCUUUUUCGAGACUUUCUAUACAUGUUACAACUCAAAGAAUGGUCUGCAUUCUGCCUCUGGAUAUCCCUUCAGAAGACUUCUGAACCAUUCUUACUGAUAUAUACCAGAAGUCGUUUACUAACAUAGAACUAUCAAAUAAUCUUAGUCGAUCACCAAGGGAUUUUUGAUUGAAGAGAAACACAGGUUCUUGUGGAAGCAUAAUCUACAAUAUAAAUGAGAGGCAAACAUGAAAAUGUCCAUCAUUUUACACACUCGUCAUUUUCUUGCAGUUCUGUUGUUGUAAUGUGUUUUUGUGCCAUGAACGUGUCCACAUAAAUACUUAAAAAAUUCCCUUCUCAUGGUUUCCAACAGAUUUUGGCAUUUAAGCAACAUUGAAUAACUUGUUCAUACAUAUCUUCUCUUUGUUUCCUGGGCCUUUAGUAAGUUACAAGUAGAGUUCAAAAGUUAAUCUUUGAUGAUUCAAUCAGCCAAAUAUCAGGUGAAAAUGAUUACUCAACCAACCACAAAAGUCCGACUGGUUAGAUGUCCUAGAUGCCGUCAAGUUCUUGCAGAGUUGCCGGAUGUUCCUCUGUACAAGUGUGGAGGAUGUGGUACAAUUAUCAAAGCUAAAAACCAGAUAAAUGAAUCCAACGAUGCAAAUGUAUGCGUACAAGAAACAGAUGCUAUUGUAAAUGCUAAACAGGAUUGUGUUUCAGAAGACAAGGAAGACACCGGCUCUAAUCAAGAUUUAAUGUCUCUCUUGAGUGGAGAAUCCUCGCCAGAAAAAGACAACACAGGAGUUCACGGUGAACAUAAAAAAAGCCCCUCUGAUGAGAUUUCUAGCUCACCUGAGAUUAACUGUUUUGAGAGCAAAGAUUCAUCCACUGAUGUCAGAAAAUCUUUGAAGCCGGACGAUGCCAAAUAUCCUUUGGAGCAAAAUACCAACAGAUUUGAUUUCAGGGUUUUACAGGAUUACAAUAGGGAAAGGAGUAGAGGCAGAAACUUGUCUGAUGAAUCUCCUAGCUCAAGUGAGUUUAAUUGUCAUGUGGUCAAAGUGUCGACUCAAGAAGUUAGACAACAUACAGAAUGGGAUAAUACGAUUCAGUUGGACGAAUGCCCUGGAAGGGAUCCAAUGGAAGUUGGAGAAAACACAGAAGGGAACAAAAGCCGAUAUCUUGCACCAGAAAAUGAUGUUAAUAAUCAGAACAUUUCAAAAAGUCUAGAAACUUCGUCACAUUCAGCUGGACAAACUAAUGAAGUCAAUGAGGAUAUCAAUAAUCAUCCGAACUUUAGAAGCUUGAGCAAAGAAAAUGAUUUGAAGACACAUACUGGAGAUGUAUCUAUUACUGCUCCAAGCCCCUUGAAUGAGAGCAUUGUGUCAGUUGAUUUCAUCACUUCCGACAGUGAACAGAUGGAUCACUCCCGAAGUCCUCAAAAUUUUGGCAGAACAAGCUCAGUAGAUACUUUGGGAAGUUCACCUCCUAUUGAUCCUAUUACUGAUCUUAGCGUUAAACGAGAAGAUAUGUUUAAAUCUCCAACAAUCAGAACUUACUAUGCUUAUGAUGGUAGUGUAUCAUCUUAUGAUGGAACCGAUGAUCAAAUCCCCAACCAUGUACCUUCCAGAAGAAAGUUCGAGUUGCCUGAAACGAAAAGAUAUGACCACACCAGUGGAAACAGGACAAGAUUUGAUGAAGGUAUUUCUCGCUCAGCAUUCAGUUCCAGCGAUUUCUUGGGAAAUCACGAAAGUGGAAAUGGAAAAGGAAAAUCUUUGAGUUAUCAGCACAAUCUGUUUGAACAUCAUCCUGGCUUUUACUCACCAGACAAGCAUUCUUACUCCAACCCAGACAAAAUGGACUUGUUGAGAAUGGUCUAUGAACUCGAAGAUCAGCUCUACAGGAUGCGUUGUUCAAAUGAUAAGAGAGAUGGAAGGUUUCCUGCUGCAUUGUACGACGAUAAUUUAGCACCAGAAAGGGAGAUGCAUGCGGGUAUGAACCCUCCUAGGUAUCAAAUGAGCCACGGUCAAGUACAAGGUUGGCCCGGACAAUGCAGAGCCUCGAGAAUGCCGUAUCCCGCGGAUGCUGCACAGUCCAGUCCCCAAGUCAAGUGCUCUUGUGUGCACUGUUUUCCCCAAGACUGGUACUGCUCACCACAGUUUUCUUCACAUUCCGUGUGCAAUGACAGUCUUCAUUCCCGUGCCUCGAGUUCCUCGAUUCCCUGGCAUUACAUGAGCUCUGAGGUUUCAUUAUUGGAUGACCAGAUGAAAAGGUCAUAUUCGAGGGAGAGAUAUCAGGUAGCAAAGCGACAUAUCCGGCCUAUAGCUGGUGGAGCCCCACUUCUCACCUGUUAUAAAUGUUCGGAAUUAUUGCAGCUACCUGCAAACUUCCUCUUAUUCGAGAAAAAAUUUCAUCGACUGAGAUGCAGUGCUUGUCGGGAAGUUCUGAAAUUCUCGCUUCUGAAAGGAACGAAUAUAGUUCAGUACAUUCCUGAUGUUUUUGCCCCUCCGCAAAGUGAGGUUGACAAUUGCAAUGACGCUACCAGUAAGAGAAACCCCGUACCAAACUCUCGUUCCAAUCCUCGUCCAAAUGCUAAACAUGUUCUGUACUCUGAUGAUAAUGAGCAGUCCUGUAGAAGUAGUUCUACAGAAGGAGAGUCUUCACUUACGAGAUCUUCAUAUGAUCGGCUUCAGAUGAACGCGUGCAAUAACAAGAUAGCAUCUGUUAAUGAGUCGAUGGGAGAUAGAAAAAUGAAGUCCACCUUGAGGGAGUCUCAGACCAAGGAGAGUUUAAAGAGCACCAAAGAGUCAACCAGUACUUCAUCAAAGAAAGAAUCUGCAAAGCUCGAAGGUCUUCCACUUCACCAGCUUAUGGGAUAUUCUUCCUUAAGUCGAGUAUUAAAUUAACUAAUUUCCUAGCAUAUGCAUCCGUCGACAAAAGGAUCACCCUAAGAUGAUCAUUUCAUGGCUAUUGAGAGCAGAACGAGUCGAGAGAUUCGCUUGUUUUCUUCCUUGAAGUGAAAGGUCUGUUUAAACUUAUACAGUCACCGAAUAAGUUUGAUUGCUGUGGCCUGUGAAUUGCACCAUCUCCAUCAAAUUCAGUGUGUAUCGAUCUUUCAAAAGAAAAAAACAAAAUCUGUUACAUUUUUCUUUUCCACACGUUUUCUACAGCCGAUUACAAAUAAGUCGAGUCGUCUUAUAGUUCAAGGUCUAUAUUGAUUGUCGCAUAUGUAGUUCUCUAAUAAUUUUUGAUACAGAAAAAUGGUUUGACAUAUGAUGAAAUACAA